UAGUAAUAUUUUUUUCCCCUUACCAAAAUGAACCAUCUUAAAUUUUUGUAAUGGUUGUUUUGUUGUCUGCCCUAACUCCCUCUAAACCUAUUAUAAAAGGAUGUGAAUUUGUCUGCUAAAUUACUACUGUAACAUUUAUAAUGAUAAUGUCUCAUAGUAAUGAUGUCCUUUAGCCUACAGUGUUUUGAGUGAGGAGUAGUGUGCUGUUGCUAACAGGUGCUGACAUUUAAUACUUCGCGAAGUCAGAAAAAGAACAGGGCAACGAGUCAAAUCGCUUGUGAUUCGGAGUUUUCCCGUUUGUGUCAUCUUCGAAAGUGAAAGUAGAGGUUCAGGAGGCUAUUUAUUAGUCUGAGCAGGCAGAGAAAGUCAGAGAGUCUGAGACUGUGAACACACACAGAGCUCGGGUGAGAAAUAACUCCCUCUGGAUGGGAAAUAAUCUCCUUCAGUAAUCCAUAACCAGCUAUGGGCAAAUCUCCAAAAUCAACCAUGAAUACUGUAUUUGCUGUGCAACUCUUCAUUCUGGUUUGGGCCUUUACUGCUGUCUGUCAAGAUGAUGAACAUAUCAGUGUAAGCUGUUAUGAUGUGACUGGAUCUGUGAGGAAAGAAGUGAAUCUCAGCUGCAGCGUCUCUCUGAAGAUCAAUGAAUGUUGCAUUACAAAGUAUAAGUUUCAAUACCCUGAAAUCUUUAAUGACUCUUCAAUCUGUCGUCAAGAUGUUUCUGUGAACUCCUGUGAACAGAGAAACAGUUUCACAUGCCGCUACACUCCAACUACAGAGAUGAAAGAACAAUUCAGAUUCUUUGUGCAAACAACGUGUGGAACGGGAAAAGAAGUAAUCUUCACUCUUAACACAGUAAGCCCAUUAGGAUCCCCUCCACCAGAGAAACCAAGAUUCAAAGGAACUGUCAUCACUGUGGUUGUGUUUGGUUUCAUUAUCAUCAUCUUCAUCAUCAUCAUGAUGCCGUUCAUUCGCCAAACAAAACCAAACUUCACCAAACUUUGUAGAUGCCAGAACUGGAUGUUUCUGAGAGUCAGACAUGAUGAGGACAACAAUCGUCCAGAAGAUGUGAUAUAAUAGCACUGAGUUUUGUUUGACUUUUCACAUGGUGCUCACAAA